GUAGAAAACAGUGUGAUCAGUAACGUCUUUUAUCUUAUAUUAGCUUAUCUCACCGUCUGAACAUUGUAUAUCUUAGCUCGCUGUUUUCUCAUUCUCUUUUAAUCUUUCUGCCCCCACAUUUUUUUUAGUUCUCAUUAUAUCUCUUAGCUCGCUGUCUCACCAGUCUCUUCUAUUUUUUCUACACAUCCCUUUUUCUUUGUUUCAGUCAAUCCCUAUUCAAUUUAAUCCCAUGCCAUGGCAAGGGCCAAUGCCUUUGCAGAAAUUUUGCCACCGUCUACAUCUCCAUCGUCUUCAACUCCAACAAAAAAGGUGCGCUAUGAUGUAUUCAUAAACCAUCGUGGCCCUGACACCAAGAAAACCCUAGCCGCCUCAAUCUACCGUGCCCUUAAGCUAAUGGGACUUGAAGCUUUCUUAGAUGAAUCGGAGCUUGAACUGGGUGAUUCAAUACCCUCCGAAAUCCAAGAGGCCAUGACUACUUCUUUCCUUCAUAUUGCCAUAUUUUCACCCAGAUAUGCAGAGUCUCCUUGGUGUUUGGCCGAACUAUCUUUUAUGCUUAAGACUGGCAAGAAAAUUAUUCCUGUGUUCUACAAUGUUGAUCCCAGUGAUAUCCAUUGGAUUUGUAAAGGAAAAGGAAGCUACGCCAAAGCAUUUUCCGAGCACGAAGCCAAGGCUAGAUAUCCUUCACAAAUUCUUGAAGAUUGGAAAGUAGCGCUGGAAAAGGUUUCAUAUGCUAAAGGCCACACUGUCAAGAAUGAGGAUGACAAAGAAAUGCUGAAGAUUAUUGCAAAUUAUGUUCUGAAGCACUCGACCAAAACUUCAUUUGUGGUGGCCAAACAUCUUGUGGGUCUUGAUAAAACCUUACAAGACUUUGAAAGAACUAUAUUAGAAUCUUCUGAAAAUGUAAAAAUUGUGGGGAUCACAGGUAUGGGUGGGUGUGGAAAAACUACAUUGGCAAAAGAAUAUUACAACAAGAUGAUACGGUCCUUUUAUAGAUCUAGUUUUGUUUGUGAUGUACGAGAUGCACCAACUAAAAAUUUAUAUGAGAAGCAGAAACAAAUGUUUCAAGAUCUUGGUGGCUCAAAAGAUAUAUCAUUUGAUAAUGUAGAAAAAGGAAAAGCAAUCUUAGCAGAAUAUUUGAAAUUUGUUCAGGUGUUUAUUAUCUUGGACAAUGUAGAUCAUCAAGAUCAAUUGGAUUCUCUAUUGCCAAUAAAAAACAGUCUUACACAAGGUAGUGUAAUUGUGAUUACAAGUCAAAAUCCUGGUAUGCUUAUAUCAUGGGGAAUCCCUUGUAAUUCCAUUUAUAAGAUGAAAGAUUUAAAUCCUGAACAUGCUAUGGAACUAUUUUGCUGGCAUGCUUUCCAACAACCCUCUCCAAUAGAUGAAUUUGAAUAUCUUGCUAAAAAGUUUUUAAGUGUCUGCAAGGGAUUGCCAUUAUCCAUUAAGGUUUUAGGAGCACUUGUGCAUGGAAAGUCCAGGGAAUAUUGGAAUGGUCAAUUAGAGAAGUUCUCCGGAUCAUUGCACGAAGACAUUAAAAACAUACUUAUGGUGAGCUUUGAUGCACUAGAUGAGGAAGAAAAGGAGAUAUUUUUAGAUAUAUCUUGCUUCUUUGUAGGAACAACAGAAUAUUCGGCCAUCACAGUAUGGGAGGAGUCCGGAUGGAGUGGGGCAGGUAGUUUGGGAACACUCACAGAUAGGUGUUUGAUUGAGGUAGAUGAGCAAAACUGCUUGAGAAUGCAUGAUCUGCUGAGAGAUUUGGGAAAGGACAUUUCAAAGACACGGUCACCAUACCGCCUUUGGUUACCGCAGCAAAUUGCCCACAUUGAGAAUCAAGGGGAGGGAAGCGUGCUGAUUCGAGGAAUUAAAGCCCAAACAGAUGAGUUUUAUGAAGACUUUGUGGAGCUUUUCAGAGAAUCAGGUAGAGGAAUCAAGCGGAGGCGGGGUUUUAAAAUCCUCGAUGUUGAAAAAAACUAUUUUACAGAAGAAUUAGGAACACUUUCAGAAACCCUUGCGUGGCUGCGAUGGGCCAAGUUUCCGCACAGAGCUCUUCCGUCAUGGAUUUCGUUGAAGAAGUUGAGAGUUUUAGAGCUUCUUGAGGCUUCUAAAUUAGAAGAACCGUGGAGCGAGACUGCAGACCCUCCUGUGCAGUUGAGAGUGCUGAACAUCAUUCAUGCAGGAAAUUUCCUGAGAUUUCCAAGGUCGAUAGGAUUUCUACAGCAUUUAAAAGAGAUAUCCUUUGACUCCGAAGGAGCUCCCAUUGAAGGCCUACCAGAAGAGUUUUGUCGUCUCCAAUCACUAGAGCGCCUGAAAUUGAUUGGAUGUGAUAAGAUGAAAUCUCUGCCUAGCAAGUUCGGCGACUUGACAAAUCUUAGGAUUCUAGAGUUGAGAGAAUGUAGUGGUUUGAUUUUCCCCUCAGAAACACUUGCGCUGCUUACUAGCCUUUAUUUUCUGUAUAUUGACCGUUGCGCCGGACCCACAGAAUUAAUUUUCCAGCCGGGAUGCUCUUCUUCUUUUUUGCGCAGCCUUGAAAAACUAGUAUUAUAUCAUUGUGGUUUGUCUAGGCUAUCAAUCUCGCCUCAAUGUUGCCCAACUCUGGAUCUACUAUAUCUUUCCGAAAAUAAUGACUUAGUGGAGAUCGAUAGCUUGCCAACAUCAGUGAAGACGGUUAAUGUGGUCGGAUGUUCAAAUCUGCAAAGCAUAAGCCUUAAUUGUGGUCUGGUGAGGCUAGUAUAUAUGCAUAUUCGGAAUUGUGGGGAGCUUAGGAAAAUACAAGGAUUAGAAAAUUGCAGUUCGUUAGAGACGUUGAUGGUACAUACUUGGGGGAAUGAGCCGGUCAUACAAGGUCUGAAGGAUAUGGAGAGUUUGAGGAGAGUAAACAUCACAGCAGCAUGUCACAUAUCAGCAUUUGAACCUUGCCUUCAAACAUUAAGUAGAGAGAAAUGGCCAUCCGAAUUUGCAAUAUGUGCAAUGGCAGCCCCUGGCGUUGAGGCGAUUGUGAGGUCUUUUAGCUUUCCUGGUCUCACUUUGGUUGAUUCGUUCAACCGGCAGAAGAUGAAUUGGUAUUCUUCGUAUUCUUGGUAUUGGGAGUAUGUGUUUUUGCAAGAGCGUUCUACCAACGCGGCAGCAAUGAUAUGCGUUGUUAUAAAUUCCCCAUUAGAUGAUAUCACUCUAGAGUUAUUUAGUGUUGAGCAAAACAGUCCUUCUACCACGUAUUUGAAAGAAGGAAAAUGGGUAUGUGUAGGUGUUUUCACUCCAUCUUCCCUCGCGGGAAGGGAAAAUGCUUUCUCUCUAUGGGAAAACAAAUACGAUCGGUUAGAAGAUGAUUUGGUAGAGAUGGGAAUAUUAGCAAUGGGUGAGGAAAAUAGAGUUGUGGAUGCUUUUCAUGAAUUAGUGCAACAUUUGGGAAAAGUAGGUGAUAUUUGUGAGGCUCAAUGAUAAAUUUGUAAAUUCAAGGAUAAAUUAUUGGAAAAUUAGAUAUUUUGUA